GGCUUGAUCGGUGCAGAGCGCUGUUUGCAAGCGAGUUAGUUGUGCACCUGAUUAUCUGAAACAGAGUUGCGUGGAUUCGCAUGUGUUUGAUCCGUUAUUUUUUUUUUCUUUGAUGAAGUUUAUACCAUUCAAGGUUUGAGCCGUGAAGGAUGAUGAGGUGGUGCUGUGAAUUUAUGAAAGGUUGUAACAGAUGAAAAACGAAAUUCGUUUAAGCUUUCGAUUUGUGUUAAUUUGCGUUCGAAACUACACUGAGAUUUAACUAACUGUUAAAUGAUCAACAUGGGCUGUUGCGGGUGUACGUUAGCUACAACAGCGAUUACAGCUGUCGUUUUUGGAUUGAUUGAAAGUAUAUAUGGAUUAACAUGGAACAUUCUAGUCAUCGUCAUUAUGUCUCAAAGAAUUUCAAAUUCCACUGACGAAAACGAAACGUUUAAUACAACGACAACUUUAAGUGAUAUUGAUUACUCUGAUAUUGAAUACUCUCCACCGUAUAAUGUCAGUGAAAUGACUUCAGGAGAGUUGUGGAAUUACUUAAGCGAGAACUUGCAAUCUGACCAAGCAGUUGAAGAACAUAUGUUUCAUAUCGUUAUAGUUGCUUUAGUUUUAAAUUCAUUUUGGCUAAUAACUACUUUGGCUCUCGCUGUUGGAAAUGCUGAAAAGUGUAAAGAUAUGCUGAAACCUUGGGUAGCUUCUACUAUCAUCAUUACAAUAACAGACAUCGCUGCUACUGUAUAUUUUAUCUUUAAAGCCAUCAAAACUGGAGAAGAUUUUGACAUUAGAGCUUCCUUUUUCACCAAUCUAUUUGUGUUCUAUGCUUGUAUGUUUUCAAGGGGAUUCAUCAUAAUAUGGAUUAUCAAUAUCACAUUAUGCGUUUUUGUAGCUCAGAGAGCGCAAGAAAUUGAAGUAGGAAAAAGUAAAAGAAUGCCUUUCAACUCCGACUUCAAUAUCAUGCCCUACUCUUUGAAUCCACCUUAUGAUGCAUUUGAAACUGAGAGUUCAACUCGAACUUCCAAGAAUUAUAGGCCUCAUACUCCACCCCCAGACUACGAAGGACCUAACAGCAAAAAGCGACGUCCCUCCCUCUCAUCGGAACCAGAAACAAUGACCCUUCCUCUGAGUAUGCCAAGCAGCCGUGCAUCCCUCUCGCAGAGACCCCUGAGCCAGAGCAGCUACCUGUACGAUGACCGCGUGGAAUUGCAACACAGAGCAUCCUGUGCAGCGGAGACUGUACUGCAUCAUGCUUAUGAGAACAAAGGAUUAGUUAUGGAGGGAGAAGGAUGGAUGGGAAUACCCCGACCACAGCUGAAAACUUCUCAUUAACAUCGUGGGAUUGAAUUUUAAACAUCACUUCAUUUAUUUAUCAUAACAUGAAGCUCAUAUUUGCUUUGAAAAGUUAUUACUUUGAUGUAUUUUUUUGUAUUUCAGAAUUUUAUUCUGAGUGUUUCUUAUUUGUGCGAUUUCAGGAAUGGAAUGCAACUUAUCGCAUCAAUUGUGAGUGCAAUUUGCUUAAGGAAGUUUAAUUUUUAAAAUAAAUCAGUUGGUAGUCAUAAUUUAACCGUCUGUGCAUACUUGUAAAUAGACAUAAUUUGAUCGAAAUAUCAUCAAUUAACUAAUCUCUCAUGUAUAUCUAUCACUUGUUUUGAAUCCACUCAAUAAAAUGUCUUUUAUGCUUUU